AUGCUCCCACUGGCGACCUGGAUUUUUGGACCACGUCAAGGACCUUUGUUCUGUCAUUCGUACCGCGGCGCGGAUGCGGGGGGCAAGUAUCCACCGCCAGAUUGGAAGCACUGGGUCUGGGUGUGGAAUCAGAGAAAGCUGCAGCAGUACGAUAAUCAGCGGAAUGAGCAGGAUCUUGGGAGUGUCUUUGAUCGUGCUGAGAUUGAGGUUACGACGGGGGGAGCUGGUGGAUUACUGGGUCUAGAUGUGCUAAAGAUUAUCCAGGAGCCGAAAGAGGAUGGUGAGGCUGAAGAGAGAGCCGAAGAUAUGGACGAAGAUGAAGAUACGACGGAUGGUGCCGACGAAGAGGAUGCUGAGGCAUGGUAG